AUAAUCAUUAGGACCACUACAGUACACUACUGUUCCUCUUCUGUAGAUUGGGUAUUUCAAGGAUUCAAAGAAGACGCUUUUGCGAAGAAACUUCUGAAUCUCAAUGAAACCCACAGCAGCAUUGUGACACUGUCACUCUGGAUGAUACACUACCGCAGACAUUAUCAGAUUAUAGUCAGAAUCUGGUUCGAGAGGAUUAAGUGUGAAGUAAAGAACAGCAGAAAACUGAUGCUCAUGCAUCUGGCCAACGAUGUGAUACAAAAUAGCAGGAAUAAGGGACCAGAGUUUGGCCGGGAAUUCGGUAAAGUCCUUCCUAAAGCUUUCCAACACCUGAGGACAAGUGAUGGAACGACCAGGGAAAAGCUAAAUAGAUUAUUUACUAUUUGGGAGGAAAGGAAGGUUUACCAUAGGAGACAAAUUGUGGAAUUUAAAAGGGCCUUUAGCACUGCUACUGAAAGAAUCCAGGAACUGGAGUCACCCUCGAGGCCACAGAAUGAUGAGAAGGAAUCCUUCAAGCAAAUAUUAAAAAAGCCAAGCAGAUUGAUAGAUGAUAAUAAACUAUUAGAAAUAUUCGGGAAUUUCAUUGAAGAAUAA